GCAUUGAAAACAUUGCGUCAUUUGGAAAAACCCGAGAAUAAAUUAUGGCACUUUAAGGAAUUAGGAUCCAACGUUACAAAACAGCUAAAUUUAGCCCCGAAACACUCGAGAGAGGGUUUGAAGCCAGUCUUAGAUGCCUUCAACAAAAGCUUUCAAUUUUUAGAGACUAUAGAAACCAGAUUCCAAGUUGAAAGAGAAAAAUAUCUCCAAGAAGAGGACACAUCAACUCAACCCAGUAACACCAAUCAAACGAGAAAUAAAUCCUGAAGAAUGUA